CAGCUAAUCCCUGUUAUCGUUUGUUUUUGUAAUUUUUCAUCACGUUUGUCGUUUUCUCGAAUUUCUGCCUAAUUUUCGCUGAUUUUCGCGAAUUAUUUCUUAUUUUAAUUUAAAAAUAGUAUUUAGUGAACAUGGACGAUGAAGAUAAAUGGUUUUUCGAUUCGAUUAAAAGAUACAACCAGUUGCAAAUGUUCGAUUUCGAUAAAUCAGCUCAGUAUUUGGAUUUAAGCUCAGAAAACAACUUAUGCGUUGCUUUAGAACCGGAUCAUAAUAAUAAAUGCGAAAUUCUAGUAUGUGCUUUGCCAAGCACGUUGCAGUUGAAAGAAGGAAACAAUGAUUUAAAAUUCGACCGGAAUUUAUCUUUCACUCACGGAUAUUUUACCAACUCGCCGGUCGUACAGAUGAAAUGUAUUCCUUCGAAAGAGUAUCUCGUGAUAUCUGAAACUAACGAUGUUGGAUUGUAUAAUUUUAGCUGCGAAGAUUCAGAUUUCAUUCAACGAAUAUCUACGUUACCUUGCGCUCUUCAUCGAGCCGACGUAGCAGUUAAUCCUGAAAACAAUUACAUCGGGUUAUGCGAAUCGACGAAGGAUCAUCGAUUAGUGAUAGAUUAUUCGAAUUUGACUACUGUUUUCAAUCUAGUCGACGUUAGUGAACCUGAAGCUAACCUUAGACCUAAUUUCCUAUCACCGGAUGUGAUCAGUUUCGCUAACAGUUCAUCCGGAUCAGUCUCACUGUACGAUAUACGAACUCGAACACUCUCUGGAUCCAUUAGUAUCCCUGAUAUAAUCGAAAUCACCAAAUCAUCGGUUAGUCGUUGGGUUUUCAAAAGCACAUACGGACUUAAAAGCGAUCACCCAGGGUUCAAUAAUAAUCUAUUAUACUUAUUAUCGACAAAUGGUAACUACAUAGUCUACGAUUGGCGUAAUUUGAAAGAAACAGCGCAUUAUUCUAAGCACCAGUUCGAUUGCGAGAGUAAAAUAUCUCGUAAAUGGGAUAUCAAAAUGGCUAUAUCGCCUUCGAACGUGAAUCGAUUCACCGUGUGCGGUUUCGAUGAGAAUGUAUACGUUUGCGAACUCGUAGACGAUAAAAUCGAGGUGAUGUUUACUCACGAUGGGCAUCCGUACAGUAAAGAUGAAUUCGAGCAGAAUGUUACAUCCGUAUGUGCUCAAUGGCUUCCGUUCGUGUCACCGACCACUUUAACAUCUUGUGCUGAUAACACGUCGUUACACUGUUGGCAGUUUUUAACGAAAAAUAAACCCGAAUAGAUUGUAAUAAUAAUUUAAUAAUUAAUAAUCGAGAAACAAGAACGAUAUUUACAACAUUGUACAUACAUAUAAAUCACGUCUUAAGUUAUAUAUUUCACAAGUAUUCUUAAAA